AUGAGCACCCUCACGUCGCGCAAGGGCGUCACGCUCCUCGGCCAGGAGGCGGCCAUCGCGCUGGACGUGGACCUCAUGGAGAGCCCGGGCUUCAGCAUCGACCAGCUCAUGGAGCUCGCGGGCCUGAGCGUCGCCUGCGCCGUGCGCGACGCCUACCCCGCCGCCGACGGCAUCCUGAUCGUCGCCGGGCCGGGCAACAACGGCGGCGACGGCCUCGUGGCCGCGCGGCACCUGUGGCACUUCGGCGCGCGGAACGUGCGCGUCGUCUACCCGAAGCGCCCGGACCGGCCGCUCUUCCGCAACCUCGUCAAGCAGUGCGAGGACCUGCGCAUCCCCGUGGAGGACGCCAUGCCCGACACGGCGGGCUUCGACGUCGUCCUCGACGCCGUCUUCGGCUUCUCCUUCUACGGCGAACCGCGCGCGCCGUUCGACGAAAUCCUGCGCGACCUCGAGCGCACGUCGACGCCCCUCGUCUCCGUGGACACGCCGAGCGGCUGGCACGUCGAGGACGGGCCCACGGGGCCCGUGAAGCUCGCGCCGGACGUCCUCGUGUCGCUGACGGCGCCGAAGAAGUGCGCCUCCCACUUCGCCGGGAGGCACUACGUCGGCGGCCGCUUCGUGCCGCCGCGCGUCGCCGAGAAGUACGGCCUCGAGCUCCCGCCCUACCUGGGCGCGUCCCAGAUCCUCGAGCUCCCGAACUGGGGGUCGUAA